AUGAAAAUGAAAAAGAUGGGAAGUUCAUCCGAUCUUGAAGAAACAGACCAUACAGAGGAAACAAAUGCUUCUCCGGAUGAGUCUCAUAGUGAUGACAACAAUCUGCACUCUCAUGAAUCUAGUCAACACUUAAAGUUAAAACACAACAAGUAUGCCAUUUUCAGCUCACCUAAAGCUAAAGGUCGCCGUUUUGGCAAAGCAGACACAGAGCGGGAAAUGGCUCCUAUGGAUUCAGUGUAUCAGAUAGAAAGCAAGGUUAUGUCUCCGACUAUUAAAUUUCAUGUACAUUUUGAAAAAGGAAAACAUUGCAACCAGCUGACCAGACAGAGUUCAUCUGUGGACUCCAUAAACAGCUGUAAGGACAGAACAUUUAAGUUAUAUGACCGAACUAGGAUUUUUGAUGCUGUAGCCUAUGGGGACUGUGAUGAGUUAGAUGAUCUUCUGGUUUAUUUGCUCCGGACUCAGAAGCGUCUCACAAACCAAGAGUUUAAAGAACCAGAAACAGGGAAAACGUGCUUGCUUAAAGCAAUGUUGAAUUUGAGUCAUGGAAGAAAUAGUACUAUUCCAUUGUUACUGGAAAUUGCAGAGAAGACAGAUAAUUUGAAAGAAUUUAUAAAUUCAGCAUAUACAGAUACCUAUUACAGAGGUCAGACUGCUCUGCACGUUGCUAUUGAAAGAAGGAACAUGAAUCUGGUGGAGAUUUUGGUUCAGCAUGGAGCCGAUGUCAAUGCAAGAGCAGAUGGUGAAUUCUUCCGGAAAGCCAAAGGGAGAGCUGGAUUCUAUUUUGGGGAGCUGCCUCUGUCUUUAGCUGCCUGCACCAACCAGAUACAAAUAGUCCAGUAUCUGCUUCAGAACCAGUACUCUCCAGCCAACAUUGCAGCCCGGGACUCCUUUGGAAACACUGUGUUGCAUGCUUUGGUUGACAUUGCAGACAACACGGUAGAGAAUACAAAGUUUGUGACCAAGAUGUAUGGCGAGAUUUUGGUGCUGGGUGCACAGAUUAAGCCAUCAUUGAGACUGGAAGAUAUUACAAAUAAGAAAGGUCUAACUCCUCUCACUUUAGCAGCAAAAACUGGCAAGAUUGGGGUUUUUGCCUAUAUUCUCAGGAGAGAAAUAACGAACCCAGAGUGCAGACAUCUAUCUAGGAAAUUUACUGAAUGGGCCUACGGUCCAGUCCAUUCUUCUUUGUAUGAUCUCUCUGGUGUAGAUACCACAGAGAGAAACUCAGUGCUAGAGAUCAUCGCUUACAGCAGUGAGACACCAAACCGCCAUGACAUGCUUCUAGUUGAACCUCUCAACAGACUGCUACAAGACAAGUGGGAUCGUUUUGUAAAGCGUAUAUUCUACUUUAACUUCUUGUUUUAUGUGAUAUAUAUUACCAUCUUUACUAUAGCCGCUUACUACAGACCAGUCCAAGGGAAUCCCCCGUUCCCUGUAGAUAGUAAACUUCGUACCGUUGGAGAAUUUAUCACUGUGACCGGAGGAAUCUAUUUCUUUAUUAGAGGGAUCCAGUACUUCAUGCAGAGACACCUGUCCCUGAAGGCACUACUUAUUGAUAGCUACAGUGAAAUGUUAUUUUUCUGUCAGGCGCUUUUCCUCCUGAUCUCCACUUUCCUGUACUUCAUUGGAAGACAUGAGUAUGUAGGCUGUAUGGUCAUUUGCUUAGCGAUGAGCUGGGUUAAUGUGUUGUACUUCACCCGGGGCUUUCAGCAAAUGGGCAUUUAUGCUGUAAUGAUUGAGAAGAUGAUCUUAAGAGAUAUGCUUCGCUUCAUGUUUGUCUACAUUCUGUUCAUGAUUGGAUUUGCUGCAGCAUUGGUGACUCUUAUAGAGGAUGGAGACAGUAAGAGUGAAAACAGUACGUCCUUCACAAAGCGUUGCUGUAAAGCCGAUCCUGCGUCUUACAACAAUUUGUACUACACCUCCCAAGAGCUGUUCAAGUUUGCCAUUGGAAUGGGAGACCUGGAGUUCACUGAGAACUACAAGUACAAGACUAUAUUUAUCUUCCUACUCAUUACAUAUGUCAUACUCACCUAUAUCCUCCUGCUUAACAUGCUCAUAGCUCUCAUGGGAGAAACAGUGAGCAAGAUCGCUCAGGAGAGUAAAGGCAUCUGGAAGCUGCAGAGAGCAAUUACAAUUCUGGAUAUAGAAAAAAGUUUUUUGAAUUAUUUCACAAAUAAACAUCGGUCUGGAAAAUCUGUCCUGGUGGGACUGACACCUGAUGGCAAGGAGGAUUACAGGUGUUGUUUCAGAGUUGAUGAGGUGAAUUGGACCAAAUGGAAUACAAACUUAGGGAUAAUCAAUGAAGACCCAGGAAAUUCUGGCCUAAUGAAAAGUCCUCUGACUGCUUCAUUCCGGAUAGGCCGAGCAAAAACAUGGAAGACAUUGGUACCGCAGAUCAGGGAAUUCAGCAUCAAAGGGAAAAGAGUCAAAGAAACCGGAGAGGACGGUGUGCAGCUACAGGCUAUAUCAGAGAGCGUAACGGAACAGGAGACCAAUGAAGAUGAGAAAGCGAAGGCGGUGUAACUCAUAUAAACUAGUUUUUUUGUUGUGUGUUACAUUAUUCUAUACAAUAGGAAGCAUUCAUACAUAUUGUUUCAUUGUAUUCAGUCAGUGUGCAGGAAAAGCAUUGUUAGAGAACUGGCAACAUACUCAGAUAUUCAGUGUUUUGUGAUUAUUAUAUGCCGUCAAGUCAAUGCCGACUUAUGGUGACCCUGUGGAUAGCUACCCUGAAGAAAUUUCGAUCUUCAGUCAAGCGGUUUAGUGUUGAUAGUGUGAUUUUUAUACAGUAGUUGUUGUGAUGCUAUCAAGCCAUCUCAUAGCUUGUCAUCCCCAGGGUUCAAAACUGAAUGAAAAUAUUGGCAGAUUUUCAUCAAAUGUUCUUAUGUGGGUAAGACACACUUCUUGUAUAUGGAGAACUACACAUAGCAGAAUAGCGAUAUUAUACAAUAUCUGCUGAAUUUUAUUACAAAUAAAAUAACUAUAGCUGCAUUAGUCCUAUUGUAAUACUGAAAUAAUUAAAAUGGGAUUCUGUCACGUUUUUAAUUCAUAUGAAUAUGACUUAUUCAGGUAACCUGAAUUUGUACAUGUCAUUUAAAUGUUUAUCAUAGAUACUUCAUUUACUGCCAUUUUGCCAUGGAAAUCCAAAGGAGAAACAGUCACAUAGGCACAAAUUAAAUACCCUGCGAUUCCACUGAGCUAGCCACUAGAUUUAAUGUUGCAAUUAAUUGUACGUUAGUCAAAGGCCAUUACAUUUCAGCCAUAGGGGCAAAUGUACUAAGCCUUAGAGACUGAUAAAGUGGAGAGAGAUGAACUACCAACCAAUCA